GCGCGCCCGCGCCGUCCGUCGAGAGCGGUCCAAGAAUACACACGACCGACGGACACGCAGUUGCGCGGGCUCGAGUUUGCCGACGCAACCGAAACCAUUCGGUCGUGCUGCCGACGCGUAUCGUUAUUACACGUUAUUGUUGUUGUAAUUAUUUUAUUUAUUUUUCCAUCCGGUAUUGUUCAUUACAGUUUAACAUCGAAAACAAUCAUUACUGUUGCGCGGCCGUGCCGAGAGCUUACGGGAGAACAUCGGCGGUUCGUCGGACCGACCGGGGGACUGCGAGACUUACCGCGACUGGUAGCUCCUCCACCGCAUUGACCGCCCAGCGGUCUUCUGUCGACAGUUGUUACGAUGGAUUUUUCAAAUCAAAGUGAAAAUGCUCACAUAUCACUCUCUGAUGAAGUGUUGGAAAUCUUGGAAGCUCAGUUUAACAAAGUCAAAACUCUUCAUUCUACUGAUUUGGAGUUAAUUGCAGCAGAAUUAGGCGUUAGAGAUGUAGACGUUAAGAUUUGGUAUACCAAACGACUUGCGGCAUGGAGACGAAGUCAAGGACUUUCAGAUUGUUUUGGGCAAUUGUAAAUUAAAACAAAAUACACUAACUACACCUACAAUGUAGAUACUACAUGUAUUAAUUAUUGUUUAAAAGAGAACGUUGUUAUUUUUCAUAAUAGAGAUUUUAUGAUUUCUUUUAUACAACAUGGUAAAAUUAUA